AUGGAUUGCCGUUCGCUACUUUUCUGCCUGGCCGUAUUUCUUGCGAUCCUUGUUACCAACAUUGAAGGACGAACGAAAAAGGUGGUCAUUCACGUGCCGUAUAAGGUGAAGAAAAUCAAACACACGCACACCGUUUUCAAGACCAUACAUCACCAUCAUUCGCAUCAUGAUCAUCAUGACUACCAUGAUCAUCUUGAACAUCUCGAUGAAAUACUGCCGGCGGAGGAGCACGAACACUUUCACCACAUGCAUCUUGAUGAGCCGCCGAUCAUUGCGCCCAAUCAUCCCAUACCAAGUAUUGUGUAUCCGGAAAUUGGAAUUCCGGAAAUAGGAAUUCCGGAAUUUUUACCAGACGCACCUUUAGAUCUUCCUCUAGCAGGUUUACCAGAUGUUCCACGUGAGACGUCAGUGAAAACAAAGCGGCUUAAAAUUCCUAAGUUCAGAUUGGAAUAG